CACCCCCCCUCCGGCCCCUAGGCUGCAGAGGCCGCGGAGGCUGCUGCGGAGGAGGCGGCGGGUGGUGGUGACAGCGGCGCGGAGGGCUCGGGUGACGAGCUGCUGCUGGGCGCUGAGCUGCUGGCGGAUGGGCAGGAUGACACGGAUGAGGACCAGGGCCUGUACGACGGGAGCGGCGGUGUGCCGCGGCCCCGCAGCCCCUCCCUGCUGCCCCGCCCGCGCAGCCCCUCCGUGCCGCUGAGCCCUCGCCGCAUGCCAUCCUUUGGUGCCGUAUCCGGCACAGCCCCCGGCGGCGUGACAGCAGGCAACGCCUCUCGCGGAAGCGCUUCCGUCUCCAUGAUGGUUGCGGGAGGCAUGGGCAGCGGCAUGGGCACUGUUUCAGGCUCGCCUUCGAGCCGGGCGCUGCUGGCAUCUUAUGGCUCGCCGCGUUUGCCUUCGUCAUCGGAGCUUCAAAACAGCUUGAACCAGGGCUAGCCAAUUCGAAGACCACAGCUAGAUGUAUGUACUGAUUAUCAUAGCUAUGUGUAUGUGAAUUGUUGCUGGUGAAAUUGCUGGCAUGCAGGUAGCCGGGGCGUGGUAGCUCCUGUAGACCUCUAUGCGUACUGCGCAGGUAGCUUUACUUGCUGGCAAUAGUUAUUUUACAAUGCGUUAUGCAAGGCUUCUAUUAAAGCACUUUAGGGGUAGUUUUGGUGGGAAAGGCUGGUCAUGCGACAUGGAAAGCAGCAGCGUAUCAGGGCUGCGCUGGCGCAAUGCGAGCUGGACAAAUUGUCAUUCUCUUGUACGUCUUGCAAAGGUUACAAACCCGCUGAAGCAGCGAUGCACCGUGAUCAUGAGUCACUACGCAUUGUGCCGUAACUAGCUACUGCCGUACGCCCUUUCGGUGUUUGAAUGUCAUGGUUCAUGGAUUCGUCGCGUUGUACCCCGAGAAAACACAAUAGAAUAGGCGUGAGCAUUCAAUACGUCAAUGGCUCAAUUAGUACAAUGGAGCCGACACCGCUUGUCGGGGAGCUUUGCUUGCACCUUACUUAUAGGCAUGGUGGCGAUGCUUCCUCUCAGCCAUUGUUGUUGGCGGCCACUAGCUGAGGGCCAAGAAAAGCUUAGAGAUGCUGCAUUAAGGAAGGCCUACUCGUCGGACCCCUUUGGCUGCACGCCCGAGAAAGCAGCAUCACAGGCGAAUAAGCUUGUUUCGGGAAUCAAACAAAGAACGUAUCAUUCUGCAUGCGCUGAUCAUUGGUGGCUCAGGCACUUAGCCGAGUUAAACUUGAAGGUGCCACGACACACGACGGUUGUGGACGUUGGUUGCAACAAGGGUUACUUUUCAGCCACGGCUCUGAAUUACCUAGCACCUGCACAUGGCGAUCAGCUGCAGAAGUUUUACAACUCGCAUUUAAAGCAAAAGGUAUACAGCCGUCCUUGCGGAGGAUGCAACGAGUGCAAGCAGGCGCCAGCGAAGUUUCCCAAUCAUGGCCAGCAAACCGUCGACGUGUUCUGCUACGAGCCAUCCAAUAUCCACUUAAAGAGCCUUACCACCGCCCGGGACAGUGUAUAUGGCCCGCCGGACACGGCCAUCAGCACGGAGGCAGCUAAGGAUCGAACCCAUGUCCGCUUUCACAUUCGCCAGGCAGCAGUCUCGAAUCGGACCGGAGUAGCCCAGUUUCCUGUGGAAUGCAACACCAAUUAUUGCAGCCUUGAUAGCAAAUCUGAGGGCGCCCUGCAGUCCGUCAACGUCACGACCAUCGACACAGAGAUGGCAUCCUUGGGUUUACCCUACAUCGACGUUUUGAAAAUUGACACCGAGGGCUUUGACCCAGCCGUGCUCGCAGGCGCCUAUGCUGCGCUUCGAAACCACCGAAUCGGCAUCCUCUCCUUCGAAUACCACCACCUCUGGUCUCGGUCAGGCGGCACCCUGAAGCAGUGCAGCAGGUACCUUCAAGAGCUCGGCUACAUCUGUUUCUACGACGGCCCCGUUCUCGCCAAGAUUACGGGCAGUUGCUGGGACAACCGUUACGAGUUGAAGCGGUGGUCAAACAUCGUGUGUGUCCUUCAGGGCUCCGAAAUGGAGGUGGUCAUGACCUCAGGCAGUUUCAUAGGGAGAGAGCUUGGGCUCGAACUUGCAAACAUGCACCACUGAUAACGUGCCGGGGGCCAGCUGGUAACAGGAACUAGGUCAUGUAGGCCAUGUGCCGCGCCAAAGUUCCUGUUGUGUUUUUUUUAUUGUAUGAGUACUCGACACUCCUCGUGGCGUCUUGGAACCUGACCCCCCGUGCCAAUGCCGUGGGGUUUGCUGGGGCCGUUGCUGAUUGAGAGCCGGAUCCUGGGAUUGGAACCGGAUUGGGUAGUCGGACAGUCAGUUAGGGAUUUGGCCGUACUGGAGGAUUGGUCAGGCAUAACUUCCAUUGAGUGCGUUGAGGCACAUUAACAACCGGGCGUUGGGGUACUUUCCUGCCCGUUAUUUUGUUUGGUUAGGGCUACCGGUACCUCGGUCGCACUCUAGACGGUCUAACCGCCUGCCCACAUCCAAUUGCUAUCAAGCAUGCCCUAUGGCAUGUGCCAUUACGAGGGCAAUGGCAGUUUGUGUUUUGGGUAUGUAGGUGGUGAAAAAAUGUGAAGUGAAGCAACUGGAGAUUUUGGGUGGUGGAUUAGAUGAACUGAGCCGCGGGGUUGUUGGAGGGGUCUCCCGUGUCUGGCGGAGGAGGUCGGUAGGCGUGGAAGGCUGUUGUGGUUUAGGAUGCGAUCGACGUGCACACGACAUCUCCGGGUGACAUCGACGACAUACACA